AUGGGAAAAGCCGGCCGCGUUGCGUGUAUCUUCACGCCCUAUGUCUUGACCAUCGCGUCAUUGGUCUGCAUCAUUCUGGUGGGAUUGGGUUGCACAAAUGCCAGUUCCUCAACAUUGAAUAACUUAUACUUCCUUCGCCUUGAUCUCUCCGAUCUAAGCACAGGAUCUGCAACAACGUCAAAGAUCGAAGAUCUCCUCAGCGAAGCCCAUAUCACUUCCGUCAGUGCGGAUGAGAUCUCACAAACCAUCAAAAAGUUCCAGGACGAUGCCAACAUCGCCGAUUUCUACGACAUUGGUCUCUGGGGUUACUGCAAGGGAGAUACCACCAAUGGCAAGGACAGCAUCACCUCUUGCACAGAGCCCAAGGCCCAGUUCUACUUCAACCCGUCUUCAGUCCUGGGAGUGAGCGAGGAACAGCUCGACAAAGAGCUUGGUGAUGACUUCCCCAAGAUCAUGAAGGUCUACAAGGCCGUUUCCAAGUGGAUGUUCAUCGCAUACUUGGUAGCCUUCAUUGCUACUGCCGCCCAGAUCCUGGUCGGUAUCAUCGCCAUCUUCAGCCGCUGGGGCAGCUGCGUCACCACCAUCGUCUCGAUUGUCUCCUUCCUCUUCACCCUUGCCGCAUCCCUUACCUCGACCAUCAUGUUCUCAAUCGCGAAGGGCUCCCUUGGCUCAGCUCUUAAAAUCUACGGCGUCGAAGUGGACUUGGGCAAGAACAUCUACGCCGCCACCUGGCUAGCAGUCGUUUUCUCUCUGGCCGCUACCAUCUUCUGGAUGUUCAGCACUUGCUGCUGCUCCGGUCGCUCACCCUACGGCCACAAGGACCGCUACAACACCCGCGGUGGCAUCACUGCCGAGAAGGCUCCUUACACAUACGAGCCUAUCGGUGCCGCGCACCCUCCCUUUGGAACCCCGCAGCCCUACACUCCCCAGCAUGGUUACUCAACCUCCUACCCUUCCCCUACUCAUGGAAAUGCCCCCAUGAACAGCAACAACCAGCACUCGAGCGCCUACGAGCCCUUCCGUCACGCCUGA